UCGUUGUUAUUCAUCUCUGAGCAGCGUACGCGUUCGGAUCUGUUGUGGCACCGGUGUUUGUGCAUGUGUCGUGAAAACCGGUCAUUGUGCCCAACGAUUUUUAGAAUCGAUAACAGAAAUAUCGCAUUGUGUUCGAAACGUAUCACUGCUUGAGAGUAAAUACAUAGAAAAUUUGAUCCGACACUUAUGUACAUUAACGAAUUCCGACAAAAUUUCCCACAUAAAUAAGAGAGACCGAAGUUGAAUUAACUUUAAAGUGUUUGAAUGCAAAGUUGAUCUUGUGUCAAAUAAGCACGAAAUUAUAGAUCGUAGAUCGAUAGAUACCAAAUUCUAAGUAAGAAACUAAAGCACAAAGAAAUGUCAGCCUCAGAAGUGGAUCACGAGAAGAGGAAACAAAUUUCUGUGCGCGGAAUUGUUGACGUAGAAAAUGUAGCGAAUUUUAAGAAAACAUUCAAUAGACAUCUACACUACACUCUUGUUAAAGAUCGUAACGUAGCUACAAGUAGGGAUUAUUUCUUUGCCUUGGCACACAGCGUCAAGGACAAUUUGGUCUCGAGAUGGAUACGUACUCAACAAUAUUAUUACGAAAAAGAUCCGAAGAGGGUUUACUAUCUGUCUCUGGAGUAUUACAUGGGAAGAGCUCUCCAGAACACCAUGAUCAACUUGGGUAUCCAAGGUGCUUGCGAUGAAGCUAUGUACCAGAUGGGAUUGGACAUAGAAGAACUUGAAGAACUCGAGGAGGAUGCUGGAUUAGGAAAUGGAGGUUUGGGAAGAUUAGCAGCUUGCUUCCUGGAUAGUAUGGCCACUCUUGGCAUAGCAGCCUAUGGAUAUGGUAUUCGAUACGAGUACGGUAUAUUUGCACAAAAAAUUAAGAAUGGGGAACAGAUAGAGGAGCCAGAUGAUUGGUUGCGUUACGGUAACCCAUGGGAAAAGGCUAGACCCGAGUUCAUGCUUCCAGUGAACUUCUAUGGGCAAGUUAUCGAUACUCCUGAAGGAAAGAAAUGGGUGAACACACAGGUUAUAUUCGCAAUGCCCUACGACAAUCCGAUUCCUGGAUACAAAAACAAUGUAGUUAAUAGUCUCAGACUUUGGUCUGCAAAAUCACCUGUAGAAUUUAAUCUGAAAUUUUUCAAUGAUGGUGACUACAUUCAAGCUGUGAUUGAUCGGAAUUUAGCAGAAAAUAUUUCUAGGGUUUUAUAUCCUAAUGAUAAUUUCUUUGAAGGAAAAGAAUUGCGAUUGAAGCAAGAGUAUUUCAUGGUGGCAGCAACUCUUCAAGACAUAAUACGCAGGUACAAAGCUAGCAAAUUUGGCUCAAAAGAACAUCACAGGACAGAUUUCGACAUGUUCCCUGACAAAGUCGCUAUUCAAUUGAACGAUACUCAUCCUUCUCUGGCCAUUCCUGAACUUAUGAGGAUUCUCAUCGACGUCGAAGGGCUUCCAUGGGAAAAGGCAUGGGACAUUACAACCAAAACCUGUGCUUAUACUAAUCACACGGUGCUUCCAGAAGCUCUUGAAAGAUGGCCAACAAGCUUGUUGGAAAGCAUUCUUCCUCGACAUUUGCAAAUCAUUUAUCACAUCAAUUUCCUUCACCUUCAAACUGUAAGCGCCAAAUUCCCGGGUGAUAUGGAUCGCCUUCGUCGCAUGUCUUUGAUCGAAGAGGAAGGUGAAAAACGAGUGAAUAUGGCUCAUCUUUCGAUCGUUGGUAGCCACGCUAUUAACGGUGUCGCGGCUAUACAUUCGGAAAUCUUGAUAAACAGUGUUUUCAAAGAUUUCUAUGAACUGACGCCUGAGAAGUUCCAGAACAAAACCAAUGGUAUUACACCAAGAAGAUGGCUCCUUCUCUGCAAUCCAAAUCUCUCAGAUAUCAUCGAAGAAAAAAUUGGCAGCGAAUGGACGGUGCAUUUAGAACAGCUUGCACAACUGAAACAGUGGGCCAAAGAUCCAGUAUUCCAACGUAGCAUCAUAAAAAUCAAACAGGAAAAUAAAUUGAGAUUAGCGCAAAUACUCGAGAAAGAUUAUGGGGUUAAAGUGAAUCCUGCUUCUAUUUUCGAUAUCCAAGUGAAACGAAUACACGAAUACAAGAGACAACUUUUGAACUGCCUACACGUAAUAACGCUUUAUAAUAGAAUAAAGAAAGAUCCAUCUGCACCGUUCGUUCCUCGAACGGUAAUGAUCGGAGGCAAAGCAGCACCCGGCUACCACUUAGCAAAGCAAAUCAUUAAAUUAAUUUGCAGCGUAGGAAAUGUUAUUAAUAAUGAUCCUAUCGUUGGUGACAAACUGAAAUUUAUCUUCUUGGAGAAUUACCGAGUUACGUUAGCCGAGAAAAUUAUUCCAGCAGCAGAUUUGAGUGAACAGAUUUCCACUGCUGGUACUGAAGCUUCUGGUACAGGAAACAUGAAGUUCAUGUUAAAUGGAGCGUUAACAAUUGGCACACUGGAUGGUGCGAAUGUUGAAAUGGCUGAAGAAAUGGGCAAAGAAAAUAUAUUCAUUUUUGGUAUGACCGUCGACGAAGUGGAAGAAUUGAAACGAAAAGGAUAUAACGCUUAUGAUUAUUACAAUAGAAUCCCAGAAUUAAAACAAUGCAUUGAUCAGAUUCAAGGUGGUUUCUUCAGUCCUAACAAUCCAGAUGAAUUUAAAGAUAUUACCAAUGUUCUACUAAAUUGGGACAGAUUUUACUCGUUUGCUGAUUAUGAGAGCUAUAUAGCAAUGCAGAACCAAGUCAGUAAAGUCUAUCAGGAUGAAACCAAAUGGGUGGAAAUGGCCAUUCAUAACAUAGCUUCUUCAGGCAAAUUUUCAUCAGAUAGAACAAUCGCAGAGUAUGCUCGCGAAAUUUGGGGCGUUGAGCCAUCUUGGCAACGACUUCCCGCCCCUCAUGAACCUCGAGAUAUUUAAAUUUAAUUUAUCUUCUUCCUGGCCAUUUUACAUGUCUGUAAACUUUAACAUUAUUAACAAUUAUUAUUUUUUUAUAUAUUUUUUUUUAACAGAUAGGUAAAUAUUUUUCUUUCAACGAGUGUGAGUAAUUUUAUUGUCGAAUUAUUGGCGUGAUCAAAAUCACAACGAAUAAAACGCAAUCAUAGUAAAAACAAAUAUUUAUUUAUCGUUUCCACGUUUCAUCAAGUAAUUUAAACAACUGGUAUUGUUUUACAUACAUCCAAUCGGUAACUACAAAUUACUCACGCUUAAUUUUAAAAAUAGAAAACUGCCCUAAACUUCUUAAAAAUAUUAUUGACAUCUACCGACUGACUUGUGAAAGGACAGAAAAGCUGAUACAAGGAAGCUAUUUUCCAUGUUCCUAUGUUGUAGCUAAAGACAAAAUACUUCAUAAAUAAUGAUGCAAAUUCCUGUUUAAAAUAAUCAGAACAAAAGCAGUCGAAAAGAAUACAUCGAAAAUAAUUUUACUCGUAUUUUUCUACUUGUAAAUACCUACUAUGAAGAUAAAUAAAAUACUGAAUUUAUUAAUUGUUA